AUGGAGGGCCAAACGCAAGAUUCGGAAGCCACGCCGCGUCUCCCACGUCAGUAUCAGGCUGAGGUGCGCGAAGCUUCCGUUGAUGAGCUUGCGCAUGAUGAUUUGUAUGGGGGCGGAAACCAGCCCCGACACGUAUCAUUGAGCGAGGCUCCUGACGCAGAAAACUCCCAAUGGAUAGCCGACUACUUCACCGAGGAGCCCAUCGAUUUUGCUCAAGAGCUUCAAUCGACCAGCGCGGGGCAUCAGCAACCCUCUACCACGCGCAACGAUGGUCGUUCAGGGAGGAAUUACCGGCGACCAAACGAACCGGCGCUCAGAUUUGAGCUCCCGCGCCGGGUCUCAACUCCCGAAGAAUCAGAAAGCAGUAUUAUCACCGAAGACUCUAGUGAGAGCGAGUCAUGGUCAUUGAGCAGCGAAGAGGAGACGCCUCCGAGAGAGUCCCCUCUUUUACAGCCCAACCGCUAUGCGAUGCAUCCAGUGGACAUCGAGGGCAACAGGCUCUCAUUUCAGGUGCAGACCAAGCCUUCGAGCAGCAGCAUCGCCCUAAGUGAAGAAUCUGAUAAACCCGAAAACAAGGAGGGCCUCGGAGCAGAGAAGAAGGAACCGGGAGACAAGAAUCUGGAGAUACGGAGAAUCACCAGAGCAAUGCCGAUCGAGUCUGGCGCCCAGAACAUGCUUCAAAUCCACACUCUACCAAGUCUGGCGAGCCCUCGAUUGCGGACAAGCAUAGCAACAACAUGGUACCACCUCAAUGGCCCUUACCCGCGAGGUCUUGUUGAAACUGCGAGGCGAAAAGACUAG